AUGAGCAGUACGGAGGCACAAGAUGGGUCGUCAGCCGCCGCACAAGACAAACGAAGGGCACAACUAAGAGCCGCUCAGCAGGCCUACCGUGAGCGACAGGAGCAACGUCUUCUCCGUCUAAACCAGACGAUUGGCAACCUAGAAGAAACGAAUACCGAUCUGCACGCGAACAAUAAACAACUCGAGCUGGAGAUUGCGAAAGUUGCGGCAGAGAAUGAGGUGCUCCUUGCAACGUUCAAUAGCACCGCCUCGGCUACGGACGGCCCUGUACCAGAGGUUGAAUUGGCUACAACUACACCCCUGGAGGCUUCCCGUGUAACCCACGAUUCGGAUUCGAUGCUAAGUCGUCCACGGGACCACCCAGUCCAUCGGCUCACUAAGAGCGAGACAGGCGAAAAGCUUUUAGAUAAAGCGGCUGCCUGGGAUAUGAUUCAGAAUCAUGAAUUAUUUAAAGAGGGUUUGGUAGACAUCGACGGUGUUCGGCAAAAGUUGGAAGGCGUUGCGCAGUGCGGCGGUGAGGGUGUUGUAUUUGAAGAAGGCCGAAUACGGAGGGCGAUUGAGGAGAGUCUUAUCAGCGACUCGUAG